AUGGCCGAAGAAGCUCAAAAACCCGAAACAAACACCGAAGUUCCUCAGGUCGCAGCCUCGUUGGACUCGGGCGCUACCAAUGGGCUCCCCGCGCAUGCUGUGCAAGCAGAAGCUCUGCAGAAGGAUAUUGUCAUGUCUGAUGCGCCAGCCGAUCAACCUGCUUCAUCCCCAGCCCCCGUCGCUCAUGCGCCCAGCCCUCUACCUGCCAGAACCGGAACUCCAGCGCAAGGAUCUAGAGCCGCCUCUGCGCAUCCAGAUCCAGGUUUCAGCAUCCCCGCCGAGGCCCCCCCGCAUGGCGAUUCAACUCGGCAAUAUCUGAACACCAAGGUUACUGGAGUCUUGCUGGAAGGCAUGAAGCAGUUGGCGAAAGACAAGCCGAACGACCCUCUUCGAGUAUUGGGAGAAUACCUCCUUCAAAAGUCAAAAGAACUUGAAGGAACUAGUUGA